AUGAAAACAAGGCAGUCAACGUCUCGGGUCUCUCGGAUUGUUGGCGACAUCGAUUUUCAUGCCGCUAGUCUCAGGGCCGGCUGGGUCACUCCUGUUCCUGGGGGUGUGGGCCCGCUCACUGUGGCAAUGCUAUUCUCCAACACUCUUAAUUCCGCCCUCUGGCGGCUUGGUCUGUCGCUGUUCUCACCUCUCCUGCAUAUUGGCUCGAUGAAAAGCUAA